UAAUAAUUAAAUAUGCUGGCCACAAGACCGAUAUUGAGGAAAAUUAAUAAGGCAGUUUCUACUGCUUCCGCCAGGAAUUUUGGUAUCAUGCAGGAAUAUAACGAAAGAAAAAACAAGAAGCUCAUAAAUAAUAUUGCUGUUACCGAAGAACCAAGAUUCUGGCUUACUUCUUCUAGACCAUCAAAUUUUGGAGACCAUUUGGACACAAAGACCAAAGUUGACAACUGGUUUGAUGAAAACAGAUUGUGGAAUGAAGAGAACAAGGAUUACGAAAUUAAAAGAGCUCAGAUCUACAUGCUCCAAGGAUUCAUCAUGUCUUCAUACUGUCUUGGAAUCAAGGGUAUUGCAACCGUCGUGUACAAUCAAAUGAUCACAAGAGUUAGAUAUAUCAGAGACUCAUACAAAGAACUAAAUAUUAAAGAACUUCCUCCUGGUGAAGUGCUCCAGACUUCUUGGAAUGGAGAAUUAAUCUUUGUCAGAAGACUGACUCCUUCUGAAGUGACUCAAUCUGAAGCUGCUAAGCCAAGUGAGAUUUUAGAUAAAGAAUCCAAGCCAUUCUUAUCGCCAGCUACUUCCCAGAACUCUACUAUCUUGGUGUGCUCAGCUAUUUGCACUCAUUUGGGUUGUAUUCCAGUUCCAUACCUUGGAGCUCACAAGGGAUGGGUAUGUUUGUGCCAUGGAUCAGUCUUUGAUAAAUACGGAAGAGUUAGACAGGGACCAGCACAAAGAAAUCUCCCAGGUAUUAAUAACACUGAGUAUGAUGGUAUUCUCUGCAUUGAAGAAAUGGUCUUCCCGAACGAGCCAGAAGGAUUCUUGUAUGUUUAAUCCUACGAUGUUUAUGGAGUAAAAGAACUAUAAUUUCAAGCAUUAU